AUGGCCCCUUCGGCGAUCUACGCUUCCGAGCAGCCGCCUCUGCUGCUGCCUGACGGUGCGGCUCUGGAAGUCAUCUCUGAUGCCGUCGACAAGGUCAACAAGCUCAAGGGCCUCUCGUCGCCCAUCACAGCCUACGACUCCGAGUCCAAAUUUGAUGUGGCCAAAGACAAGGCUUCUUUCCGCCAGUAUGAAACGGCCUGUGAGCGCGUGCGCGACUUUUAUUCGGAGCAGCAUGCCCGGCAGACGGUGGAGCACAAUCUGAGAAUGAGGGCGCACUUCUUUGACCCCAAGAGGAAGCGGGAGGAGAUGACCAUCUGGCAGGCUAUGGAGCGGCUCAACACCCUGAUUGAUGAUUCCGAUCCCGACACCGACCUGAGCCAGAUCCAACACCUGCUGCAGAGUGCCGAGGCCAUUCGGAGGGACGGAAAGCCGAGGUGGAUGCAAGUCACGGGGCUAGUUCACGACCUGGGGAAGCUCAUGCUUUUCUUCAAAGGGUGCUCGACGGGGCAGUGGGACGUCGUGGGGGACACGUUCCCUGUCGGCUGCAAAUGGGAUGAAAAUUGUGUCUUUGCCGAGGCGUUCGGGCAGAAUCCCGACCGCGAACACCCCAUCUAUGGGACCAAGAAUGGGAUCUACACCCCCGGGAAAGGCAUCGAUCAGUUCAUGAUGAGCUGGGGGCACGAUGAGUUCCUUUACCUGGUGCUCAAGGAUCAAAGCGUCUUGCCCAGAGAGGCGUUGGCCAUGAUUCGGUACCACAGCUUCUACCCGUGGCAUCACGAGGGCGCAUACAAAGAGUUUAUGGCUGACGGUGACGAGGUGCUGUUGAGGGCGGUGCAGGCGUUCAAUCCUUAUGAUUUGUAUAGCAAGACGGACGAGGAGCCGGAUGUGGAAAAGAUGAAGCCUUACUACAUGGAGUUGAUUGAUGAGUUCUUUCCGCAAAAGGUUCUCAAGUGGUAACAUUAUGGAAGGAAUCAAGGCUGGGGAGGAGAGAGGGGUUUUCGAGGAGCAUAGACACAUGUUGACUUGAAACUACCUAGAUAGGUAGUUCAGCUAGAAUUGUUACCAAGAGUAGGAAAUAGGGGUACGUAGGUAAAGUUGAAAGACAUGCUCAUUGAUCAUUCAACCACUUGAAC